AUGACUAGUGGUGUAACGGUUAAAGACAUUAAUCCCCAUGAAUUUGUGAAGUUUUAUGCCGCUCAUUUGAAGCGUGGCGGUAAGCUGGAGGUACCCAAGUGGGUCGAUAUCGUAAAGACUGGUCCAUAUAAGGAGUUGGCCCCUUAUGAUCCCGAUUGGUUUUAUAUUAGGGCUGCGGCUGUUGCUCGACACGUCUAUCUUCGUAGUGGAGUCGGUGUUGGUGCAUUAAAAAAACUUCACGGUGGUCGAAAAAGAAGAGGCACUCGUCCUUCACAUCAUGCGAAAUCAUCCGGAUCCAUUGCACGUAAAGUCCUUCAGGCUCUGGAAAAAAUUAAUGUCUUGGAGAAAGAUGACUACGGUGGUCGCAAAAUUACACAACAUGGACAACGCGAUCUUGAUAGUAUUGCGCAGGCCUGCAUGAAAUCUGAAGAAUAA